AGCUCCGAGAGCGCCCGCGCUGAUGGCACAGCUAUGCGGAGGGACAGCAUCGCGCCCGCGGACCUAGCAGCGACUUGUUCCCGCGGGGAUGCGAGCGAGAAAGUUGAGCCAGGGUGCAGGCGCGCAGCAAAUGCGGAUGAUCUGACCCUCCGACCCGCUUGAACGCGCCACUUUUCGCUCCGACUUUUCCGAUCCCAACAUGGCCGUCCGUGGCAACUCACUCAUGCCGUUCUCCAUUCAGGCCAUCCUGAACAAGAAGGACGACGGCAGACACUUGCCCGAUCUGGACGUGUGCUUCUCCAAGACGACGUGCUGGAAAAUAUUCGGGGACGUGCGCGCAGCCUCCGGGGAGCCGCCCGAGAAGAGCUACGACUCGGACUCCGGGCUCAGCGAGGACAACGACGCCAAGACUGCGGGGGUCGCGCGGGGACUGCCGCCGGAGAAGGACGUCGGCGGGACCGUGUCGGAUGUGCCGGAGGAGAGCCCGCAGGAGGAGACCGACCAAGAGUCUGCCGCCGUGGACAACGCCAAGAGCGACAGUGAGCUCAACAACGCGGCGGACUGCGGUUGCACCGCGGACGAGAAGAGCGCCGAGCAGCCCAAGCAGAGGAAGAAGCGCUCCCGGGCGGCCUUCUCCCACGCGCAGGUCUUCGAGCUGGAGCGCCGCUUCAACCACCAGCGGUACCUCUCCGGGCCCGAGCGCGCCGACCUGGCCGCCUCCCUCAAGCUGACAGAGACUCAGGUCAAGAUCUGGUUCCAGAACCGGCGCUACAAGACCAAACGUCGCCAGAUGGCCGCCGACCUGAUGGCGUCCACUCCGGCAGCCAAGAAGGUGGCCGUCAAGGUGCUGGUGCGCGACGACCAGAGACAGUACAGCCCCGGGGAGGUGCUGCGGCCCCCGCUGCUCUCCCUGCAGCCCUCCUACUACUACCCGUACGCGUACUGCCUUCCCGCGUGGACACUCUCGUGCACGGGGAACCCGUGAAAACACAGCGGACUCUAUUUAUUUACAGACUUUCUUUUGAUUUUUCUUCUCUUUUUUUUUUUUUUUUUUUUUUUUGGACCAAAGGAACUAUAACAGACCCUUUUUUCAAACAGGAGUGGAAGUCAAUUAGGGGACCUAAUUGGACAUUUGUUGGUUUAUAUAUUUACAUCCUACCUCUGCAGUGAUUGACAGUUGUUGUUUUUGACUUUUCAUGAAGUUGUAGGCUGCGUGUUUACCCCCUCUCUCCCUCUGUCUCAUUUUCUCGCUGUGUUUGUAAAGGUAAGAUAUUUCAGCACUUUUUUUUGUUGCAAGUAUUUACACGCAGUAAAAAACAAACAAACAAACAAACAAAAAACAACAACAUACGGUUUGUGGUGGAGUUGGCAGCGAAAAGAAAUGCCUCUUUAAAGUGUAUUGUGUACUUUUUUUUGGGUUGUGAUUUGGAUGGUAAAAAAAUAUUAAAACAUAUCAGGCUUUACUAUCAUGUGGGUGCAAUUAUAUUUUGAGGCUCUGUUGAAAUCGAAUCUAGAUACAAAUAAAUGAAUAAAAAAAACAAGCAUUGCAUUACAAAAGUAAUAAAGAACAAAAAAAAAAUAUCUGCCAUCACAAAAAAAUGAUUGAAAAAGAAAAAAGAAUGAAAACAAUAUCUGGAAAAUUACUAUGGUGUGGGUGCAAUUUUACUUUGAAGUUUCAACGUCAGUGUCACAGCAUUUAAUCAAAAACCUGGCAAACAAAGAAUGUUUUUUUUUGUUUUUUUGAAAUCUGGCAUUACUAUGUGGCUUCAAUUUUAUUUUGAGGUUGAGUUGAAAAUUUGAUUGAAAAGUGAAUCAGCCUUUAUAAUUGUACUUAUGCAGUACUUAUUAUAGCUGGUCAAUUCAAAACAACCACGAAGAUAAGAUACUAUGAAAAUGUUUACAAUUGUGUCACGUUUGAUUUAAAACUGAGUUGGGAUUUAAAAAAAAAAAAUGUCAUGGUACUUCAUCCACCAUUUUAAGUGUUGUGUUACAUUAUUUUGAGAAUUAGGAUAGUCCUUAUUAUUGUUAUUAAUAAUAAUCAAAUGCACAAUGUUAUUAUGUAUAGCAUCUCCAUUGUAUGCCGGUUAGUGGGGGGGAAAAAAGCUCGAUUUUCAGUUGCACUAAAAUGCGGUACUAAUACCGAAUAUAUGUUAGUCUAACACAUUUUAAUCCUGUGCA